UUUGUCUUAUCAAAAUUUUGGGAUCAAUCUUGUAUUCAGGAAAAACAUGGACGAGUUAACGAGUGUAAUGGUACAAUGCUCUGCCCCAUUUGAUAGCUUCCUUGACUCUUGCUCUCUGCAGUGUUUCUAUGACAUAUGGAACGGUCAUCCUGAGGUGUUCGUUGGAACUAGGAGCUCUUUUGAGGACCUACACCCUCAGAGGUUAUUCAUUUCACAGGGGGAGACUAGUGGAAUUGCCAAAAAUUCUUAUGACAAGGACUUAUACCCUCAUAAUCAUUUUCGGUACUUUCAUCCGUCCACUGCAUAUAAUUCAUGUUUCCCAACAAGACAAACUCCAAAGUGGUUCAAUCAUCAGAGUCGUGGGCACUUGCUCACAAUUGACAUACCCCCAAAUUUGUACUAUGACAGUAAUUGGCUGGGACUCACUCUAUGUGCUUCAUUUUUAAUCCCCAAGGAUCAAAAUGAUGAAAUUAUAGCAAGGUCUUCUCACUUCCUAUCCUGUCAGCUCCAAACGAGUAAAGCUGGUCUGGACGAUCAAAUCCUUGUUUACCACACCACUGAUGAAGAAAACCAGUGGUUAUUACGUGGUCUGAAUGGACACAUUUGGAUAUCCUGAAUACCUGGCGAGUAAUUUAAGCGUGUGUUCCAUCAGGGCAGCCACAUUGAGGCUUCAUUUUUAAGUAAUUGGCCAGGCGUGACAGUGCAAAAAUGUGGGUUUCGUCUUUUGUACAAGCAUGAUUGGGUACUGUUUGAGCAAGAACUAAAACAUUGCAACACCUUCAUUUCUGCACAUCGAGAUUUUACAUGUCAACUUAGCCAGCGAGCCACAGAGUUAGAAUGCAAGGAAGAAUUUAUGCAAGUGGCCAAAAAAGUUGACUUUACUCAAUUAAAAUGACAUGCUGGGCUUUGACAGGCACUCCAAAUAUUCGUAUUGCUUCCCCCCAGUAGAAAUUUUACCUUCGUUUAAUCAUAACACUAAUGAGCCCUCGGUGACAGUUGAUACACUCAAAGAGUACAAUGACAAUGAAUGGCAUGGAUUUGUACUAUGUGCUUAUUUUUCAAUUGACGAGCAUCAAACUGCAACGCUUGAAAAUUUCGAUUCAACAAUAUCUCACUACCUAGUUUGUCAUUUGGAAACUGAUAUAGCUGGUCCAGAGAUAGUACUCAAUGUCCAUUGCACCACUAAAGAAGAAUUCAUGUGGCUAGAUACUGAAGAUGGAUUUCUUUGGUUGUCCUAUAUUCCACGUGAGUCGUUCCCAGAUCAGUUCAAUCAUUCACUUGGAUUAAGGCUUCAAUUAUAAGUGAUUGGCCAGGUGUGAUGGUGCAGAAAUGUGCGCUUAGUUUCUACCACAAGAAUGAUAUUUGGUUUCAGCUAAUAAGAAAAUACUGCUACAAGGAAUAUAAGUCUCGAGAUCUCCCCAAUCAAGUAAUGGCUAAUUAUAUAGAGAAAACCAGUAGAGCAAAGAGUCUUCUCUGCAAAAGUGACCCACAACCUAAAGAUCAACACUGCCAAAGCAACCUGCUGG